GUUCAAAAGAUACACCGUAAGUAUUACAAUUAUUAUUCAGUAAAAUACUAAUAUGAAAAGAGAAAAUAUAUUAGUAGAGUGUUAAUAUAAGUGUAAUAUUUUAGAUCUCGUAAAGUAUGGUGUGGAUUAUAAUAUAGCUAUUGGAAAUCAUGCUGAUUCGAGAGCUAUGUCAACGACUGAAAAUGUAAAUGUUGUGGAGAGAAUGCAGGCAGGUCCCAGUGCAAUUAGUCCUAAACGUCGCAAACAAUGUAACACCGACAAUACGAUUAAAUGCAAACGGGUAAAGGUGAAACGAUUACAGGACAUUACGACGAGCGGUUUUCAUAAAACGGGUGAAUCAUUAAAUAGUCAAAUUUUAUGGUUUUACAAAAAGAAUAUUGAAAAUGUAGUCGGGUAUCAAUCGUUUUUGUCGGCAACAAGAGACGAUUUAGUUGAAAAAUUACGCGACUGUCUUAAAGUAAUGGGUUCGAUAAAAUUCAACUUAAAACUGGAGGCGACUUAUAUUGUGCCAAAUAAUGAAACCAA